AUGAAGGCACUUUUACGUGCAGCAAGACGUGACUUUUAUCUACAGAAUGUAUCGCCCAUGACGUCAAGAGAAUCAGACGAAGUCGUCCCAAUAGACUUUACAACAGAUUUAAAUGAAGACCUGGACGCUAAAUGCCGUAAAUUAGCAGAAUUAAUUGCUACUUCUAAGCAUUUAGUGGCUUUUACAGGUGCCGGUAUCAGCACGUCUGUAGGUAUUCCAGAUUAUCGUGGCGAGCACGGAAUUCGUACCAAGAAUUUGGAUAAAAUCAAAUGUACCACUAAAAGACGGCGAAAAACAGAUGAAAAGAAGGACGAAAAGAACACGGAAGAGGACAAAAUUGAGGGUAAAAGUGAGAUGAAACUACCGGAUUUUCAUGCAUUGGUACCAUCGACGACGCACAUGGCAUUACAGGAAUUGCAUCGAUUGGGUUAUUUAAAACAUAUUGUGUCUCAAAAUGUGGACAAUUUGCACUUAAAAAGUGGAAUACCAGCGAAUGCAUUGACAGAAGUUCAUGGUAAUGCAACACAAGCUAAAUGUGAAACGUGUGAGAAAAUUUACGUCAAGGAAUUUCCAUGGACUGGAUUAUGUGAUGAUCCGGAGUGUGUAAGUACCAAAAGGUCUGUGGAGCAAAGAUUACGAGCACGGACACGACAUGGAAAUGGCAGAUUGAAACGAAAUGUCGUGGGUUUUGAUGAACCAUUAGGAGAUAUUGAUUUUGCGAUUGACGAGUGUGAAGCUGCCGAUGUGGCUCUCGUGCUAGGGACGUCUUUACGAGUGGAACCGUUCUCGGAAAUGGCAGGAGAUUAUGCGGGCUCACUGUGUAUUGUCAAUUUGCAGCCUACAACAACAAAAUUGGAUCGUCGUGCUGAAGAAACGGGAGUACGGGUGUUUGAGAAAACGGAUGUGGUUAUGGAAAAGACCAUGCAGUUUUUGAUGAAAGAUGUCACAUAUCGUGUUCCACAGUGGACAGGAGAGCAUUCGAAGUCUGUGUUUGUUCCAGAGCAUGAGAGCUCGAAUCUCGUCAACGUUCUUGCUGGCAGAACUGUUUCCUGA